GUAAACUAUUCUGUCAAAAUAAAGGACAUUUUCUCAAGUUUACCUUCCCAAAUAACAUUCUAAAGCAUUGUGAUUAUAGACAAUGUUGUUACCAAGCAACUAUGGCAAAUUGGCAUGCAGGUGUUUUAUGGAAGAUUCACACCUUCUGUCUACAGGAUAGCCUAGAUCAUAUAAGUCUUCACCGCCCCUCAUAAAGUGAUUUGAAAACAGGAUGUACAUGUAGUGUACUCACUGUUCUUUGACACUGAGUGACACAAUAAAAAAAUUCACCAUGGGGAAUGGCGUGCCUCUUCUUAAUGACUAUAAACAACAAUAUUUCUGGAAGAGAUUUCCCCAAACAUUUCUCGGUGGACCGAAAUUAAGACUGGGAUAUGAUGCUCCAGCAUAUGUCUACAUGAACCAAGUCCUGGUUUUCCUCAUGACAUGGAUCUUAGGUGGUUUAUUCACCAUUUUAGUGGAACUAGGCGGACUCAAAUUUGACAUUGGUUGUUAUGUGUAUGGAGCUGUAAUGGUCCUCUACGUCCUGUUUGUACAAGUCACAAGUUUAGCCGUUCAGAAGAAAAAGGCUGCAGUUGUUCCAAUAUCGUCAGAAGGAAAUUAUCAUGGGGCGAACAUUUUGUCCGACGAAGAUGAGGUUGAAUUUGAAUCAUGCUGCAGCGCAGAGACAUUCUCAUAUGUUGUCCCUGUCAAGAAAUACAAAAUCAAUAUAUUUUUCCAUGCUCUAUUAUCGGGUGGACUCUGUGGAAUGGGACUAUGGUAUCUCCUACCAGGAACUCUCAAUGUUAUCUAUGGAUACAACACAGCAGCGACUGUGAUUCUGCAUAUCUUUGGAUGGUUAACGUUGUGUAUUGCACAGUAUUCCCUUACUGUUGGUGCUCCUCCCGAAUUUGCAACGUUUCGAGCUCUGGAUACGUACGAGUUUGCUCCACUGACGAGACCAUUCUAUGUUGCUGUAUUCUUUGCUGUGGAUAUCAUUGCAAGAUCGUCUGCCAGUUUUUCCACUGAUUUCACACUUGCCAAUCAAGUUCUUCACGUUGUGUUCAUCUUCCUUCCCCUGCUCUGGUUGAUAGGAUUCCUCGCUCCCCUUGAAGCUUUCUUCCUGUGGUUGAUGGAGCAAAUUCUCAUCCUGUGCUUUGGAGGUUCAGCUAUGGCCAGUGAUGUCAGGUUGUUGAUAAUGUUCAUUGUGUCUGCAUUGAUCUUCAUUGGGGCCUAUUUCAUAUCAAGUGACAUAGCCACUGUGAUUAUCCUGGCUAUGACAGGCUACCUUCUCAGCAUCGACUGGGGAGGACUCUGUGCACAGGUGUUGGAUAAGUGUCAGAAGACCACCAUAUCAUCUCUGAAGAUCAACCCAGUCAAGGGGUUCUUGUGGCAGUGGGGCGUUUUCGAAGCUCUGUUCCAUCUGUUUAUAUUCAGCUUGACAGGAGGUCUUGCUGCAGUGAUAAACCUCAAUACAUCAGUGAUUGGGAACACAGUACGCGAUGUGAUGGGAUAUUUGACGAUAGCACUUUUGGUGCUUGAUAAAAUAUUCGGUGAUAUGCAGAAGGUGUAUGUUGUGUUUGGCAUCUUGAGGAAUCGGCUGUUUCCGUCGAAUGUGAUCAGGACGUCGUUGUUUAAGGCGAGGAAGAAGCAUCUGAAUCGACUUGGAUAUGUCAGGAGGGUCCUACUUGAUUUUGUUUCUCCAUUUGUGAUGUUGAUUUACCUGAGCUUCAAGAUCACAACCUUCACCAACAGUUCUGUGUGGGUGGUUUUAGGUGCAGCUAGGGCCUUUAGAUGGCUUUGGCAAGGCACCAGACAUUCACUGCUAGAAAUCUCAAUCCUGAUCAUCAUCGAUGUAAACGGUGUAGCGACCUCGAACACCACAUGGCUAUCCCUUGGAACUGGAUUGCAGCUUCUAAUCAUCGGUCUCUGCCGGAAUCGUACAUAUGAAUUGCUAAAUAAACUCUAUACGUAUUGGACGAUCUUUAGAACAUCAUGGAGUGACAAGAAGCAGCGACGGCCGUCGACGAUACCAAUUAUGGCAACAUCGAUCUUCCUGUAUCCAUUAAUCCUUGCUAUGACGCUCAUCGCGACGGCGCUGUCAGCACCUCUCCUACCUUUAUUCACACUUCCAAUUUUCUUCAUUGGAUUUCCACGUCCGCUACGUUGCUGGCCGGGGGUGGUUGGGGCGUCGGCUAGCGUAUGCCCUGAUACCAUAUUCUACCGCCAUAUGGCACCCGAGCUUGCCAGGGCUUUACGCACGGCAUUUGGAAAUGGAGGACUAGGUGACCCUGACCCUGGCAGCCAUUACUUGGUUCGCUAUCAAGAUCGUCUGGUAUGGGUCGUAGUACUGGAGCGAGGGUACUCGUACUGUACGAUCAAUAUUAAAGGACUCGAACUCCAGGAGACAUCGUGUCAUACCGUGGAAGCAGCAAGAAUUGACGAUAUCCUACAGGAGGCAUUUGAGGUUGAGAAAAUGCCAGCAUGUAGCGUCAAUCAUCAUAUCGGAAACACACUGACCCCUUGCGAUGCGGCCAUCAUCGAGACUUAUUCUGAUGCCAAGAACGUCUUGACUGGCAUUAUCGACUCGCCAGAUAAUCUUCAUAUCGCUGCGAAAUCAUUCAUCAGGAGUUUAGCAUGGGUUUUUAUAAAUCAUGUCAUGGAUAAAAAUGAUCAGAAGUCCGGUGUGACAGAGACCGAGACCACCCAUUUGAGCAGCCCGCCAGACCCUCUUGAUUUGAAAAAAAAGUCUGAAGAUAAGCAGCCAUUACCAAAGACCCCAGAACCUAUCAAGACAACGAAGUUUACUGUGAAGGCUUUUGAUGCAACUGAGCCAACACGACCACUGACUAAACUGGCCCCACUGAAGCAAGAGGUGGCUGGGAGUAAGCCAGUCAUUGCUGCUGUUGAUCAAACAGAAACAGACAUCGAUGCCCUGCUUUCGGAGAGUUGGUCAAGUUUAAAAACAGAAUCUCCGCCUCCAGAUGAGAGGCCUAUUCUCAGAGUGCUGGCCAGAAUGGCUCCAAAGCGUGAGGCAUCAGUGCCGAGUAUAACAGGGAGUGUUUGGUCAGACGACAGUGACACUAUGUCUCUCGGCCAGAUGAGUAAGUCGCAGGUUAGACCGAACGUCGCUGCAGGUUUGGGAGGAGGAACGUAUGAUCACAAAGCAGAAGCAAAUACAUACUUUUCCCCCGCAAAAUUAAAAAGUAGCAAAGACACUGAAGAUGACGAUGAUGAAGGAUUUUUCAAUAAUUUUGACUUUGGACUUCCGGCAGUUGAUGUCGGUUCUAAUGCCGGAAGGCGACUAGGGCCAGCGACGAACCGAAUGAACAAUGGAAUACAAAAAUUGGGCGUUAACAUCGCUUCAAAUGUGAAAUUCUCUUCGAUGUAUUCUCCCGGCUUUAUGUUGCCGUCACAAUGGAUGGAAAUACCCAUGGACCAAUCUAAAAUUUCGGCACUCAGUACGCGGUAUCCGAUUGAGUGGCACCAGUACGUUCUGGAUAAACACUGCCAGAGGAAUGGUGGACAUAUAGCAGAUAACACUAUUGCUGAGAUUGUCAAGGAUUCUGCAUACCAGAAACUGUUUGCUCAGUUUGUGAUGGCUUGUUACGCAACUGUAUAUGAACUUGGCACCAAUCAAAGCGACCCAGCGAUACUGGGCCCAAGUCAUGUCCAUAAAGUCUAUACUGGUGAGAUUCCCUGGUCUAUAGCAUCAGAGUGGAUAACAGAUGACCAUCAGUUACACAAGCUUGUGAUAAAAGCAUACCGGCUUGCCGUGAAGCUCAUGAUAGACCAAGCUAUUCUAGGAGAAGCCACAACGAAUGAAGAAUUCAAUGAAUACUUGACUGAAUAUGAUCAAGACUGGUACCUCGGCCAAGAGAAAGAUCAAGAAUGGCAGGAGGCCAUCCUGGAAGGGAAGCCUAACCUCCUGUCUCUUGGAAAUAAUGCUAUUAAGGGCAUCUUCAGCAGCCGAACUCUGACCAAGCAAGAAAUCAUGGUAGAGAUGGGAAGUCUCAACUCGGAGCUCGUGCGCGCACAGUGGGCCAAUUUGAGCCUGGAGCUUCUCUAUAUGACUAACGAUGACGAAGAACGCUACAGUAUUCAGGCUCAUCCGACCAUUCUCAGGAAUCUUACCGUCCAGGCUGCUGAUCCACCACUCGGAUACCCAAUAUUCUCAUCUGAGCCGAUCAGCGUGCCAACAUUGUAAAGAUCUGUUGUAAUUGUUGUAAUUGUAAUUGCACAUACUGGUUCCCAUUCCUAAUUCCAGCUGGUUUUAACCCGUUUGCUGCCUGCCAAGCUUGUUGCAGGGUUGAAAAUCUGGUGAAGAUGGCCACAAGACUUCAUUUUAAAGUACUUUAUACUGAAAUUGUAUUUAGAGUAUCGGCUAAGCAUAUCAUUGAGAGCUACAAUGUCAUAAGAUUUUUACUUCAAUGUACCUACAUCAUCACUAGCAUAUCAAAUAGGUAUUGUAACUCCAAUAUAUGUAAUAACUUUUUAUGUUUUGUUCACCGAGGACAAUCUGUUCCCCUAACUUACCCAGAACUGCGAUUUGAGAACCAGGGAUCCCAUACUAUCAAGCAGGCAAACUGUAUGAACAAGGUGGUUUUCAAAUGAGAAAGGAGCAUGUGUGUUUUAUGUAGUGUUUUGGGAAUUUUCAGCUAUGUUUAUUGAGGAUGACCUCUUUUCUGCAUAUCCAGGUCAGUUCUGAGUGACUGAGGUAACGAAAUAAGUUGGGGUGCCUAGUCAUGAAAAGACUGGGCUUGAUAAGUUAGGAAAUUGAUUCUCCAUAGUGCUAUCUGUUGUGCUGAGUCAUUUCAUCUUUACCAAUGAUGCAUUUUAAGAAAUGUUAACUUUCAUAUUGUUUUAUGAAUGUGUUGUUGUUGUUGGGGAAAAGUUUCAAUGAGCAGCAUGAUGUAAUGACGGACUGAUGACUUUGACGAAAAAUGUGGGUAACCAGGUUCUUUCAUCUUAUGUUUCAUUGAUUACUAUCUUUUUUAUGUUUUGAUGAUUUCUAAAAUUCAUAUGAAAUUCUGUUUGAACUGAAAUGACAUAUUUUAUUAGAAAGUUAGCACUUCUGCGUAACUGUUUGACUGUGAUAUUUCAUAUUUUGAUAUGUAUUGUACGUCUUAGAUCUGUAUUUUGUGUAGGUAAGAAUGUCAAUUUUGGGUAAUUCUCUAAAUGAAAUAGAAUAUGAAUGACUUCAGUUUUCAAGAAGCAAAGGACUAAGGGGAAUUAUCAGGUUGGAUUCGGGGGUGAUAAUAUCGCAUCUUCUUCCUUUGAACAAAAAUAUUCAAAAAAAUAUAUGAGCCAUCAUAUCAAAUUGGGAGGUAUAUCAGGCCAAGUGUAUAAACUGUGAUGUUUCCUAUCAAUAUUCAUGGAGAAAUGGACUUAUAUUUCUACUUUUUCAUCAAUUUUGAACACUGUUGACUUAUUUGACAAAUUUUACAGGAAAAGAAUUAUUGCAGCCAUUCUGCCCUCAACAAUUCCUUUUGAAAUGGAGUGUAGGACUUACAGCUGUUAUUGUAUAGGUCUUUAGAAUGCUUUAUGUACAUCUUCAAUGUUACAUAGAUCAAUACUUGAGGCAUGGUAUGUAUUGUACUUUAGAACCUACAUGUAAUGUCCCACUAUGUACCUGGAGAUACAGUUUCUAUCAGAUGUUCAUGUCAUAUAUGAUGAUUAGAUGAAUGCUGACCAAGUUACUUGUCCGUUUCACCAAGUGAUGGAAUGUUUUAGAAGGUGGAAGUCCCUAGGAUGAGUUAGAUACAGUGGGUAGGCCUACAGUUAUGACAGGACAGUAGAACCUCUCUAAUAUGGACACCCUCGGGACUGACCAGUGCUGUCCUUAAGGGAAAGGUCAAAUUGAAUUGAAAGAACCAUUUUGGGACCAGAACUAGUGUCCCUAAUAGAAAGGAUGGCCUUAAUAGAGAGGUGUCAGCUAGGGGACAUUCCACUGAAGCAUGUGUAGAUGGUAUUUUCAGCGCUAUCCUCUACCUUUGUUUAUUGCACACUGAAGUAUGGUCCAAUUGAUUAAUCAUGUACUAGAGUGUAUUGAAACUUGUUGAUCUAUUUUCUGACUGUGAUUAAAUGGCUUUGUAUAUUUUUGU